AUGGGGGACCCCGCCCACAACCAGUAUGAGUUGCUGGAGGACCCCGCCCACAACCAGUAUGAGUUUCUGGAUGACCCCGCCCACAACCAGUAUAAGUUGCUGGAUGACCCCGCCCAAAACCAGUAUAAGUUGCUGGAGGACCCCGCCUACAACCAGUAUAAGUUGCUGGAGGACCCCGCCUACAACCAGUAUGAGUUGCUGGAGGACCCCGCCUACAACCAGUAUAAGUUGCUGGAUGACCCCGCCCACAACCAGUAUGAGUUGCUGGAGGACCCCGCCCACAACCAGUAUAAGUUGCUUGAUGACCCCGCCCACAACCAGUAUGAGUUGCUGGAUGACCCCGCCUACAACCAAUUUAAGUUGCUGGAUGACCCCGCCCACAACCAGUAUGAGUUGCUCGGCGACCCCGCUCACAACCAGUAUGGGUUGCUGUAG